AUGUCGCCCUACGAUGCCUUGUAUGGAAGACAGUGUAGGACUCAAAUUUAUUGGGAUAAAGUAGGUGAGCAAAGAAGCAACAAAAGAAGACUGAACAGAGAAAGACUCAAGGUAGCCCAGGAUCGGCAAAAGAGUUAUGCUGACAAUAGAAGGAAGGAACUUCAGUUUGAAGUUGGUGGCUGGGUAUUCUUAAAGUUGUCGUCGUGGAAAGGUGUGGUGAGAUUUGGAAAGCGGGGAAAGUUAAGCCCUCAUUACAUUGGGCCAUGCAAGAUUUCGGAGCGUAUGGGCCUACUGGCUUAUAGACUUGCUUUGCGUUCGAAACUUUCUCGGUUACACGAUGUAUUCCACGUCUUCAUGCUCUGGAAGUAUAUUUCAGAUCAUUCUCAUGUUCUAGAGUCACAACUAAUAGAAUUGAAGGAUGAUUUGAGUUAUGUGGAGCAACCCGUUCAGAUUUUGGAUUGGAAGAUACAAGUACUACAUCCUAGAGAAAUCCCACUCGUGAAAGUCUUGUGGAGGAGUCACGUUGUGAAAGAAGCCACCUGGGAACUCGAGGAGCAAAUGCGGGCCCAGUACCCUUACCUAUUCAAGUGA